UUGCCUUAUCUACUACUGACCAAUAGAUAUCAAUAACCAUACUCUUCAGAAGUCCCAAGCGAUAUCCUCUUUGACAGUCUGUUUAAACAUUAGAAAUGAUUCGCACAAGAGACUCGGAACAUUGAAAAUUCUAAUAUCAUAAACUCCCUCAUAUGGUAAUGUGAGAUUGAAAAACAAUGGCACAUUCACUAUCUUCUAUAUCGGCCACAGCCAAUGUCACAGCCGCCCUCUCACGCUCUACCCGAAUCAGCGGCAUGCAAUGCUCUAAUCAAAGGCUUCCAAAUCUGCAAACUCGCAGUAAUGCUUGUAAUAGAACUCCAUGUAGCCAUCUCAUCUCUCGCAGAAAUGCUUUCUUGAUCCUGACAGGGGCAAUACUAGGACUGAAUGUGGUUGACCGGAGUGCGGAGGCGGCUGCGAGAAGGCCACCACCACCUCCACCACAAGAGAAGAAGGACCCAAAUCUGAGUGGGGUUCAGGCAAAAGUGUUAGCUAGUAAAAAGAGGAAGGAAGCCCUGAAAGAAGCUACGGCCAAGCUAAGAGCGAAAGGGAAGCCAGUUGACCAACCCCCACCUGAAUAAUUUCUCUGAAACCAUAAACUUUUUGAUGUUUUUAAUCCUUCUGAAUAAAGAGUGCAUAUUAUAUUAACAACUCCGAUAUUCGUUUGUGAAGUAAGAUGUGAUUAAGGCUAUGUUGCCACUCUAUUGAUUGUAUUGUACUCUAUUUUAUGAGUUUCAAGGGCCUAAUGUGAUUAGAGUUAUUAUAAA